UCCAGCCGUGGCCGUACAGAGUACAUGGCUUUUUCUGGCAUCUAAGGAAGGAGAAUUUGUGUCUGUGUGGGAUGAUUCCUCACAUGGUGGGGACGAACAUGGCCCUGCAGGCCUGAGCCGAGGGGAGUGCACCAUCUGUCCCCAGGCCUUGACAGGAUGGGCCCUAGGGGCACACAGAGCCCCUUCUCCCUGCCGAUCCCCACCCGAGGGUCCUGCCUAUUCCUCCUCUUCUGUCUGCGCUUGGGCACCUCCUGCCCACAGACCUGCCAGUGCCCUGACCAUGCCGGGGCUGUGGCCAUCCACUGCAGCGGGAGGGGCCUGCAAGAGAUCCCCAAGGACAUUCCUGCCGAUGCUGUACUCCUGAAGCUCGAUGCCAACAAGAUCUCCCGCAUCCCCAAUGGAGCCUUUCAGCAUCUGAGCCAGCUGAGAGAGCUGGACUUGUCUCAGAACGCCAUAGAGACCAUCGGCCCCGCUGCCUUCUCAGGCCUUGCCGGGGGUCUGCGACUGCUGGACUUGUCCCACAACCGCAUACGCAGGAUCCCAAAGGAUGCCCUGGGCAAGCUCAGUGCCAAGAUCCGCUUGUCCCACAACCCCCUGCACUGUGAGUGUGCCCUGCAGGAGGCCCUGUGGGAGCUGAAGCUGGACCCCGACUCGGUGGAUGAGAUUGCCUGCCACACCUCCGUGCGGGAGGAGUAUGUGGGAAAACCACUGGUCCAGGCCCUGGACGCGGGAGUCAGCUUCUGCAGUGUCCACCACAGGACCACUGACGUGGCCAUGCUGGUCACCAUGUUUGGCUGGUUCGCCAUGGUGAUCACCUAUGUUGUGUACUAUGUGCGCCAUAACCAGGAGGAUGCCAGGAGGCACCUGGAGUACCUCAAGUCCCUGCCCAGUGCCCCUGUCUCCAAAGACCCCAUCGGCCCAGUGCCCUAAUGCCAUGUCAGACAGACCCACAGCCCAGUGUCCCACUAUCGUAGCAGGUGGGACUGACGGGUGCUCAUGUAGCCCCUCCUGAAGUGGCGCCGGUUUGUCCACCUUGGCGUGGGCUCCUUCACACACUGCAUUAGCCUGCAGCAUCUCCGAUCAGGCUGUUUCACUAUCAGACUUGUGACAGAGGAGGAAGUCGAAGUGUAGAGAAAUGGAUUGACUUGCCCGUAUGACACAAACCUAGGCUAUCUGUCAUGACAUCCACCUUCUCCCACUUGUGAGCCUCUCCCAUGUAUGGGCACCCACAGGACGCCAAGGAAGGACACCUGCGUGCCUGAGCGAGACUCCAGGACGAGAUGCAGGUGUGGAUUUGCUUGUGGAAGGCACUGAUAACGCCUCUGCCGCUGUAUCCCUAGUACCUCCCGAGUCCGUUUGAACAUAAACCCUUUUCCAGAGCCCAGUCAGAGACCUCGCGUUUCCAGAGAGGUGGGUGAAAGUGUAGCUCACACUAACCUUUCCACACCUUAUUUGUUCCCAGAAUAUUUGUUCUGAGUAACACUUGUGCCAAAAUUCAGACCAGUGAGGGGGAGAAAAACUCAGAGACCUGAGAAAGGCCCAGCGUGGCCCCUGGAGGGCAGUGCCCUCAGCCAGACAAAUACGGCCCUCCCGCUUCCUGCCACUCUGUGCCUGUUCGGCGGAAGGACUGUCCGCACGGGCCACUAAUGUGCCUUUUGCUUUUCUACUUGCUGAUACUUAAAGCAGCUCUUCUCUGAGAGAUGGAAGAUUGCUUUUCGAUAUCACAAGGCCAAUCCAUGGAAUGCUUCCUUCUGUCCAGCAACAAGUACUCUCUUUUCACCUCUGCUUCCAGGAAUCUCAGAGCUGAUUUAGCACUUGAUUUUCUUACCUGUACUACUUCGCAUUCAGGGCAGACCUAGCCUCCACCUAUAGGACUCUAACUUCUGAUUUUAUUUUUUACUGUCUUUUUGUAUCAGUGUUUAUAUUUUAAACUAUUUCAGAUAUUUUAGGGGGAAGAGCAAAUAAGUGUAAAUUGUUUAUGGACAUAAAUUGUGAAGUGUAGGUGCUUUUUCGUCCAGCAGAUGCUCGAAAGCGACUAGAGAUGGAGAGUGGUCUGUGGGAGGUAUCGCGUGACCUGCACUGGCAAUGCGAGAGCCUGUCCAAAGCCUGCAUGCCCGUCCUCACAGCCCAGGAUGGCAGUCCCAGCACCACUGUGUUCUGACCGUGCGCCCAUUGCACACACGGCCGUGUGACCCGUAACAGCUGCACUGCAGCAGAGAUUGGGACAGCUCUUCAGAACAAAAGCAUGAUUUUUUGGUUUUGGAGCAUUAAAAAGAAAUGACUGUCAGAUUCUGAAGACCCUCCCGGGCUGGCGUCCCCACCAGGGUGGGUGUGCGUGGGUGCCUGUGCAGAGCCAGGUGCGCAGCUCUCUGUCUGUGAGUGGAGGGGUCCAGGUUUUGGUGCUUGGUGGGGCUGCUCUGCCUAGGUCCUGGAGAGGAACUGGUGGGGAGCAUGAGUGCAAAGCAGGGCUCAGGUCUGCUGCACUAGGAACCUGAUGCCCUGCGGGUUGAUGCUUCUGCUGGCCUGACCAGCUGGCUAUAGACACACAUGAUGACCUGGGUCUGUGGCAGCCCCCUUCCCAUCCCAGGGUAUGCAUACUGAGGAGGGGGCCCCAGCACACCAGGAGCUGGUUGUUCCAGGGGUUCACCCAAUAGAUGGGAUCCUGCAUUCGGGAAGUCACGGAGGCCUGGGCAGUGAAGGCCAGGCUUCUGCCUCAGCCUCCUGGGUCCUGGAUGCUGGUCAGUCCCAUCUGACACUGGCAGGGGCUCUCCCUGCUGCCAGGGAGAUCUUCAUGUGCUCUUAUCCCAGAAUCAGCCUAGGGCCUGGAUUCUACCCUGUGUGACUUCUUAGGACAUACCAGGGAACUAGGUGAGAGCUCUUUCUCCCACCCCAAUUUUCUGGGCCACCCCAGCCGGGAAGGCUCUGCCCCUCUUCAUGAACCCAGAAUCAUCUUUCUUAAACUGCCCUGCCCUACUAGCCUUUCUGAGCCCACCCCCAACCCCAUGUGGACUCAGGGGAGGUCACCUCUUCUCUAGGAAAGACCACAGGGACCCUAACACUUGGGAUUCCAAGCUCCUUUCUGCUCAUUGGAGCUCCCUUUGAAUGGUCCUGUAGCAGGGAAUGGGCUAGAGUCUGACAUGGCCACCAGCAGGAUCACCCUGAGUCUUGGGACUAUUCUUGGGGGUGAGCUCCCUCGGGAAGGACCAGAAGAUACCAUUCAGAGGCCCCUGCAGAGCUGGCUGGAGGCUGGAGGAAGGAUGGGGCCUGGCAUGCUGGCAUCUGUGGGUGAGUGAAGGGGCUCCUCUCCUGGACUGCCCUGUGAAGGUGAGCCCAACUCUGACAAACUGCUGGCCCCUCUGCAGAGGCCACCAGAAGAGAGAAACUAGGGCUCAUCUUCCAUCAGGGAACCCCUAAGCUGGCCAGCAGUGAGGGGAGACAAUGGUGAAAUGGAGAUAAACUGGUAUGUUCUUACCUGAAGAAGCAGGAAGCCCUGAUUCUGUUCAAGAGGGCGCUCAGGAUGGGAGAUGGCGAGUCUAGGCUGAAAGCAGGCAGCAUGGGCAGUUCACAUUUAGCUUGGGUCUGGUUUCCACCCACAGGAAGGUCUGAGAGCACUCAGGCGGAUGCCCCAUGACAGGCUCUGGCUGACUGGCCGUGCUGGGUAGCUCUCCCCAGGUGUUUGACAAAAUGAUUGAAAGAGCAUUGUGGAAGCCUGGGUGGGAGCAGCAAAGGGCCCACCUCCUGGGGAAUUCUGAGCCAGACAUGUGGCCUGUUCCCAAGAGCAGGUGUGAGCUGCCAUGCAGUGAGCACAGAGGUAGGACCCGAAACUCCCCUUGUGCUGGACAUGGCGAACUGGCCCUCCCAGGUCUGGGAGGCUGAGGACACACUCCCCAGGGUCUCCAUGUGAUUCUGUCCUGGAAGGCAGAUGUGCGGGCACAUUCUGGACUGAGUUACCCAGGGAGAGGGUGGGGCAUGAGACGGCCAUGCUGCAGUGCAGAUUGUGAUGGACGUGGGACAUUCUGGACUUGUGACAGCUCUCUGACCGUGGCAGAGGCCUGGGGAUGGUUUUCAGAGUCAUCCCUCCAGGAAGCUCGGCCCAAGAUCGGGUUCUGUUAUUCUCUCUAGUUUUCUGUGAAUGCUCAAUAAAUCUGUUGUGCUUAAA